AGACUUCUUUCCGAAAACGAGACUUCUCCUUCUCGGCGUCCUCACGACAUCGUUAUGCACUGUCUUUAACUGGUGUCAGCCUCUCCGUCCCUCGAGAAAUACCACCGUUACUGUGACAACUCAAGUGUUCCCGUGUUCCAAACGCGCAGAAAGUUCUGUUGGGAUGCGACUUGCACGUUGUCAGUUCGCCGUAUUUCUCCAUGCAGGAAGAUGCACGUGUCUGUAAAUAAAGUGGUUUCGUGUAUUUCGUAAAACAUAGUACAUCUGCUAGUAGCUGAAUCCUCUGCUAGCGUCCAAGCAAGCAAAACAAAGAGGCCAUGAUCGACGUCGCCUCCUCCCGUCCUCCAAAGUGAUGUUGCGAGGUGCACUCCGUAACAGGGCAUCGGUUUCAGUGCGUGGCCUUGAAGGAAGGAUUGGGAAUUCUCGAAAACCAAAAAUGUUUCUGUUUGUAGUUCUUUGCAUCCUGCUUCUCAGCGCGAUCACAGGAGAGAGCUACACGAGCCCGUGGAGCAAGUGCAAUUCUCACCUGGAGGACAAAAAGUCAGCGGCUUAUCAUCGAAUUUCGGAGGCGAUUCAUCGUGCAGUUCGCGAUCGAAAGGAAGGCCCUGCAACAGAAGAGGACAUCGUUCGUCUGCGCUUUUGUCUCGGGAUAGGCUACCUUGUCGAGUGCAUUCGCGAUAACCCUGAGUUGGAAGGACAUGGAUUUGCACGAAGUGACGAGAGUGACAGAGCUCGGAUUACUAAGCUCUGUGGCGACGGAUUGAUGAACGCGAAAGAUCCACCCGAAUAUCGGACCGUCGGGUCUCUGUCGGUUUCGGAGGUCGCGUGCACGCAAACUCUCCGCAAGUUCGGCCUCCAUCGCCGGGGUGGAAUAAGAUACGAUGCCUGCAAAUCGUACGAGAACUGGUCGGUGGCUGACUACUUUCCAGAAGGAAGCUACACAAUCACUCUUAUCGCACUCGGCUUGGCAGCUGCCGUGCUGCUCUCCGACAGUGUCGCAAAGCUUCUCUGAUUAACUUUCCUCGUUUCUUCUGAUGGUUGUUUCGUAAAAACUCCCCUGUGGUGGAGGGUAACGGAUGACGGAAACACAAAUCAUCCGGUUUCUUCGUCUGAAUGUCCCAUCGGUUCGUAAUUCAUUGUUAUUGUCUCAAACCGGGCUUGAUAUUUUUCUUUUGAAUUAGUCGUACUGACACUAAUAGAUUUACAGUAUUUCUGUAUCGCGCGAGCGCGUUUAUCCCCCACGUUUACAUCCUUUUUCGUCCUCCUGGUUCUCUGCCACUCCGUCACCGGGGCAGCCUUCCGACGGGAAAAUACCGCGUGCGUCAGGAAGGGCAAAGGUUGCUGGUCGAGAAAAAGAUGCAGCUGAAUCUUUCGUUUCCGAGCUGCCACCUGCCUUGCCCGCUUUGUUUUCCGUUGCCCCUACGCAUGUUCUCUCGGGAAGAAAAUAUGUGGUAAUAGGGUGACCAAGUCAUCUAACCUAUUUGUCAGAUACCUUAGAGCUAGUUUUUGGCAAACGUACUGGUACCCUGAAUGGAUUUCCUCUCUCUUGUGGUGAAAACAGGAAUCUUGUUUGGCGCUCAAUGAACGCAACUUCUGCCGUGGUAGUUUUGUUGCAGACUCUGUGAAGAAAAAAAUGUAUGAGUUUUUCCACAGUUUCGUCGGAGACACGUAUCUUUAAGCGAU